GAAGGAUUUCCUUUCUUUUUCUUCUUUUUUUUACUUCUUCUAUGAUUCAAUUAGCAAACAUGCCUUCCUCUUAACGGCUUAUGCCUCGAAUAUUGAGAUUCUAUAUUACGGCCCACUCACUCUUAACUAUCCAUCCAUAUCUAUCUAUACAUCUUUCUACUAGUCUACCAAUAUCCCAUCUACAAAUCUUCAUGUCGACUACCACAUUCUUUACUUUACCCUUUCUCGCCCUCGUCUCUAUACCUCUCGUCAUAUCGGCUUAUAUAACGAUCUGCUUCUCUGUACUAGCCCUAUUCUUACGGCUUUCUGUCAUCUACAUCGAACUAUGUUAUGCGAUUAUUGCGAAUUACUUCGUCAUCCCAACGUCCAACACCUCGUCCCUCUUAAACUUCGCUCCGUCUGAGCCGACAACACCACUAGCCUCUACGACCCCAAAGCGCCGAUCUUUAGACCAUGGUAGGACCGUUUAUUUCUCAGGUUCUAGUUUCCAUCAGUCCACCCCAGCUUCCCGUAGCCAGAGCCGUCCAGGUUGCGGCCAACGGCGCAACAGUUCAUAUUCCGAAGAACAACAGAACAAUAUAGACAGCGCAUUUUAUGACCGUGACGGCCGACACUUUCGGAGAGGGGGACACCAGAGGGAAGCUUCCUAUCCGUCGCUACGGGGCUUUCUCGGCCUGAUCAGUGGUGACGAGAGAAGGGACUUCGAGGGCGUAGGUGGAUGGCGCUGUUGGGCGUCAUCAUCGAAGUUUUAUGGACAUCAUUCAAGAUCAGUGUCUUCAUCCUCAAGCAAUAGCGUAAAUGAGGAGGCAGACGAGAGGGCUUGGCUGUCUAUCAAUAAUCGGUUGGAAUUACCAUCGCAACCUCUCUGCAUACGGAACAACGAGCUCGUGGAGCCUUCACUACCUUGGAGACAUAGGCAGACAUUUACUAGCCCUGAUGGUAGCCAUAGUCUUCACCAUCGACGUUCGGCUACCACAUCUAUGCUAUCAAGUUUCAAUAUCCGCACUCCGAACUCAUUAUCGCUAUCUUCUUCUAUUCGUCCGGAUAACCAUGCGAUGGAAACGCGGUCCAGAGCAGCAUCACCGCUCUCACAAUCCCGACAGCCGGCCGGAGACGCCCCUUCUGCUAUACUGAGCUCCUCGAACUCCAACAACUACGUCUUUAGCCCACCAGAAGGCCCUGGCGGUUACUUUACUUUAAGAACCAGCAGUGGCCCGAGCAGCAGAACCACAACGCCGGGUAGCACGACGCCGAAUGAAGAGAAUAAGUCUUCGGAAGCCAUAGGUAGAACUAUGGCCCACUAUGCUGCUGGUGUGAGAUACCGGAGGAGAAGUAUAUCAGGUCCAAAUUCCAGCGCUCGAAUAGUGAGGCCGCCUUAGGGUUGGAGGAAGCGGCUCACCGAGACAAUGGUGAAGAAGAAGUACGUAUGUAUAGUUGAGAUUUGAGACAGUUCUAUCCGAAUGAAUACUAGUUCUUCUAUUUUUAUACCCCCUUUCUUUCUUUGUUUCUCGUCCUUCGUAAAAUAGCAGCAGAGAACCAAGUCAUCCAGAUAAGGUGGUUAUGUACAUACAUACAUACAUACAUACAGUAUGUACUGUACCAGAUAGAGUGGGGUUAUGAUACCAUACGGUACGGGAUCCGCCUGAG